GAGCCACCUCCCAAAACAGAAAGGCUUUCAGCCAUUGCGCGCGCCUCCCGGGGGUGCAGCCCUACUCCCUGGCUUUUUCCUAGACGAACCGGCAAUAGAACACAAAAAGGGCCGGCCCGCUGCGCCCUCCUGCCCGCCCCCCUUCCUUCCCUGGGUGUGGAGCGCCGGCCAGGUGUGGGUCGGGGUGACUGCUUACCGCCUUUUGCACCGGCGGCCGCGAGGAGGGGGGUGGGCACGUUCUCUUUUUUCUACGGGAAGAGGGUUUUUUCAGUACAGGUUUUCUCGCUCACUUCCAUCCCCACCUCGCCGCCUCCCGACCCGCCUUCUCCCCCUCCCCACCUAUCGUCAUGACGGCGUCUCCGGAUUACUUGGUGGUGCUUUUUGGAAUCACUGCUGGGGCCACCGGAGCCAAGCUGGGCUCGGAUGAGAAGGAGCUGAUCCUGCUGUUAUGGAAAGUCGUGGAUUUGGCCAACAAGAAGGUGGGACAGUUGCACGAAGUACUAGUUAGACCGGAUCAGUUGGAACUGACGGAGGAUUGUAAAGAAGAAACCAAAAUAGACGCCGAGAACUUGUCGUCCGCGCCGCAGCUGGACCAAGCCCUCCGACAGUUUAACCAGUCAGUGAGCAAUGAACUGAACAUUGGGGUAGGGACUUCCUUCUGCCUCUGUACAGACGGACAGCUUCACGUCCGGCAAAUCUUGCAUCCCGAGGCUUCCAAGAAGAAUGUGUUACUACCCGAAUGCUUCUAUUCCUUUUUUGAUCUUCGAAAAGAAUUCAAGAAAUGUUGCCCUGGCUCUCCCGAUAUUGACAAACUGGAUGUUGCAGCAAUGGCAGAGUGUUUAAACUUUGAGAAGAAUGGUUCAGUCUCUCGGUAUGGAGCCUCUCAAGUUGAAGAUAUGGGGAAUGUAAUUUUGGCAAUGAUCUCAGAGCCUUACAAUCACAGGUUUUCAGACCCAGAGAGAGUAAACUACAAAUUUGAAAGUGGCACUUGCAGCAAGAUGGAACUUAUCGAUGACAACACUGUAGUCAGGGCUCGAGGCUUACCGUGGCAGUCUUCAGAUCAAGACAUCGCAAGGUUCUUCAAAGGACUCAAUAUUGCCAAGGGAGGUGCAGCACUUUGUCUGAAUGCUCAGGGGCGAAGGAAUGGAGAAGCGUUGGUUAGGUUUGUAAGUGAGGAGCACAGAGACUUAGCCCUGCAGAGGCACAAACAUCACAUGGGGACUCGGUAUAUUGAGGUUUACAAAGCAACAGGUGAAGAUUUUCUGAAAAUUGCUGGUGGGACAUCCAAUGAGGUAGCCCAGUUUCUCUCCAAGGAAAAUCAAGUCAUUGUGCGGAUGAGGGGGCUGCCUUUCACAGCUACAGCUGAAGAAGUGGUGACUUUCUUUGGACAGCAUUGCCCUAUCACUGGGGGAAAGGAAGGCAUCCUCUUUGUCACCUACCCGGAUGGUAGGCCAACAGGGGAUGCAUUUGUACUCUUCGCUUGUGAGGAAUAUGCACAGAAUGCAUUGAGGAAACAUAAGGACUUACUGGGUAAAAGAUACAUUGAACUCUUCAGGAGCACAGCAGCUGAAGUUCAGCAGGUGCUGAAUCGAUUCUCCUCAGCCCCUCUUAUUCCACUUCCAACCCCACCCAUUAUUCCAGUACUACCUCAGCAAUUUGUGCCCCCUACCAAUGUAAGAGACUGUAUACGUCUUCGAGGUCUUCCCUAUGCUGCCACAAUAGAGGACAUCUUGGACUUCCUGGGGGAGUUUUCUACAGAUAUUCGAACACAUGGUGUUCACAUGGUAUUGAAUCACCAGGGACGCCCAUCAGGAGAUGCCUUUAUCCAGAUGAAGUCUGCAGACAGAGCAUUUAUGGCUGCACAGAAGUACCAUAAAAAAACCAUGAAGGACAGAUAUGUUGAAGUCUUUCAGUGUUCAGCUGAGGAGAUGAACUUUGUGUUAAUGGGGGGCACUUUAAAUCGAAAUGGCUUGUCCCCACCGCCAUGCCUGUCUCCUCCCUCCUACACAUUCCCAGCUCCUGCAGCAGUGAUUCCUACUGAAGCUGCCAUUUAUCAGCCUUCUCUGCUCUUGAAUCCUCGGGCACUGCAGCCCUCCACAGCUUACUACCCAGCAGGCACUCAGCUCUUCAUGAACUACACAGCUUACUAUCCCAGCCCCCCAGGUUCGCCUAAUAGUCUUGGCUACUUCCCUACAGCUGCUAAUCUUAGCGGUGUCCCGCCACAGCCUGGCACGGUGGUCAGAAUGCAGGGCCUGGCCUACAAUACUGGAGUUAAGGAAAUUCUUAACUUCUUCCAAGGUUACCAGUAUGCAACCGAGGAUGGACUUGUACACACAAAUGACCAGGCCAGGACUCUACCCAAAGAAUGGGUUUGUAUUUAAGGGCCCCAGCAGUUAGACCAUCCUCAGAAAAGAAGUGUUUGAAAGAUGUAUGGUGAUCCUGAAGCUGUCAGACACAAGAAAACUUCAAGCAAUUUCAGGGGACUUUUGUCUACACUCGGGCUGCAGUAUUUUCAGCCAACAUGAUUGAACCAUGGGCCUGUGCCUUAUUUUUUGGUGGAAUGACAAAAAUUGAGCCAGUGAAGCCAAAUACUAAUAGCAAGUACCUGGCUCCUUGCUGAGUGCAAAUAAGCAUUUAAAAUGUGAAAUUGAAUUUAAAUGUCUUUCUUUCAGCUAAAGCAGCAUCAGGUAUUUCCUAAGUUUAAGUCUUAGAGUUAAAAAUAUUCCACUAGUGUCCACCAUCUCCACCAUUAACUGCCACGGCAGCUUCCCGUUUUAUGUGUAUUCACACUCUUUCCAUCUCCCUGUUUUCUGUACAGCUGUGUCCUCUUGCUAAGUAAUUUAAGUAUAAGGUCUUGGAAUACUUAAAUCCCAAAUUAAGAAAAAGAACAAAGUAAAACUAGUAUUUUCCCAGUAUUUUAAGUUUUCUUCAGUAAGCUAUCAUGAUGCCUUAUAGUUAAGAACGAAUUUGAAAAUUUUUUAAAACACUUAAGGCAGAUUGGGUCUGUAGCUCAUUGGUAGAGAGUUUUCUUAGCAUGCUUGAGGCCCUGGGUUCUAUUCCAGCACCCUGCUCUGACCCACACACAUAACACUUUAAGGUGUAAUUUAAAAGAAAAGGUACCCCCUCCAUAACACAUGUGUAGUUAAAGGAUUUGAAUAUUUUUCUCAGCAAGUACCAGUUGUAAAUAAGAAUGAAGUAGUGGCCAAAAUUUGAAACCAAAAAUGAAGCAGCUACACAUAGUAAUUUCUAGUUUAAAGUGUAAAGGCUGUGGCUUCAUGUGUAUUAUUUUUUGUACUUUUUUCAUCGUUGAUGGUUUGGACUUUAAUACGAAAAAUUCCAUAGUUUUUAAUAUCACAAAAUAAGACUUUGAACAGUGUGUUCUGGAGAACAAUAUACUAACCUAAGUGAAUGCUUGUAUAUAUUAAGAUAGCCUUAACCUUUUUUCUCUAAUGCCUUAACUGUCAAAUAAAACUUUUAAAAGCAUAGAAGUGUAGUCAGCAUGCUGGACUGAAAGGUAAACACUGAUGGAGUUAGAGCAGGUACCCAUGCUGUCAGUGUUUAGCACUGUGUGUUUAGCUAUGUUUAUGCUACAAAGUGCAAUAUUAGACACUAGCUAGCUAGUACUGCUGCCUCAUGUAACCCAAAGGAGAAAGUGAUUUGAUUAAUAUUUCUUUGUUACUCAAGUUGUACUUGGAUGCAAUGCCAUGCAGAUUUUUAUGGCUGCUAUUUUUAUUUACUUUGCAUUAUUACUUUAACACCUUGAAUGGGGAGUCAAACAUUACCUUCCUUACUUGACCAGCAGUGGCCCUUCAACUGCAGUGGGAAGAAAGAAGAAAACAAAAAGCAUUUUGUAGGAAAAUUGGGAAGAACUGGCACUCGAGAUGAGAAAGAUUCAUUGUACUUGAUGCCUUAAGAUGCUCUCUGCCCAAAGCUCUGAAAGACUAAGAUAGGUAGUAAUACUACAAUACUGCUAAGUUUUUGUAGAAUUGUUACAUUUGAUAUUAAAA